AAAAUAUCAAAAUAUUUAAAUAAGUGGUAUUUGAUUGUUUAACUGCACGAUUAAUUGAACGAUUCAUCACUAUUAUUUUUUUUUAAUUGCAUGAUUGUACAAGAGUUUGCUGGGGCUCAACCCUCUCCGGGGCGGCGGGGAGCCACACUUGCUCACUACACACUGGUGAGCUGGGGAACUUUGUCCGGCCAUGGGUCUCCCUCGGCAGCUCUUGCUGUAGCUGGAAGAACACGCCCUACUGGAAAUACAAAAGAAAAAACCCCUGGGAUCUCAAUUUCAUACAUGUUGGAGUUUUCUGUUCAAAACUCUCUCUAAAUAUGUGGAAUAGAGAAUACUGGUGUCCUUGAGUCUGGGACAGAGAGGAAGACAAAAGAAUUGAUUGAACAACUAGGUGAACAUUGAAGCACACACCUAGUAGAGCUCUGUAAGGUUUCAUUUUGUUCAGCCAGUAGCAUGAGCUGGGAUGACUUAUGUUGCAAAGAAGUGUGGCAUUCGCUUUCAGCCUCCAUCCGUUAUCCUGAUCUAUGAAGAUGAAAACAAGAAUAGAGCACGCCAGCGCAUCAUGCCUAUCCGAAAUUUCUCCAAGUUCUCAGAUUGCAGCAGGGCUGCAGAACAGCUGAAGAAUAACCCUCGGCACCAGGCUUACCUACAAGGGGUCUCACUGCAGCAGCUGCAGAAAUUAUAUAGUUUGCUAAGAGGCCACUUGCAGGGAAAGAGUUUGGCCCAGAGCUUGGAGCAGAUUCAGCAGGAAGAGACCAUUGACCCAGAGGAGGACCUGAACAAACUAGAUGACAAGGAACUGGCGAAAAGGAAGAGUAUCAUGGAUGAGCUGUUUGAAAAGAACAGGAAGAAGAAGGAUGACCCAGAUUUCACCUACAAUGUUGAGGUUGAAUUCCCACAAGUUGAGCGGCUGGAAUCCUGUGGCUGGGAUGCAGAGUCGGACAAUGAGUUCUGAUAAGGGACAAGGCCUCCUAAAUAAUCAGUAUGGAGACAGAGAGAGAAAACCCAUAUUCCCAUUACACAGAGAGCACAGUUACUGUGUCCAUCAUAUCGCAUCAGUCUACAGAGCUUGACUGACACUGUUUACAAGCCAUACAACUGAUGCAUUUUACAUUGGUAAAUAAGAGAUCAGUGCCUGUGGUGUUUUAGCAGUUUGGGGAAUAGACAAACAAUUUUAAAAGUCUUAUGUGAAGCCUGAUAAAAAGGGACAUGGGGAUAUUGAAAAUUAUUUUUAAAUGGUUAGAUUUGUAGCUGUUAAGUAACUGAAAUAAUUUUAAAUCUCCAUCUUUCAGCAUUUGUUUGUUUAUAUUUCAUUCAUCUUUGGCAAGGAAACUAGACUGGUUAUUUUUGUUUCUAUUCAAUUUUAUUUUAGUCCUUAAAAUACAGGGUUAAAGUUGCAAAUCUUUACAUCUAACUCAGGAGAAGAAUCAUUCAGAUUCUUAUUGCAAAUAUGUAGUAUUUUGUUAUUUGUUAGGCUUUUAUAAGUGUUUUAAUCUAUACUCUGUAGACAAAUCAAUAUUGCAGUGAAAAUCUUACCUUUAGAUUUCUUGAGUUGUGUUUAAAUCCACAAUCUCAGUGUUCC